AUGGAGCUCCCCUCGGCGGUGGCAUCUGAGGAGGAGCAGCAGGCGCCUCCUAUGUCUGGAGAUGGGAACCCGGUGUGGAGCCCUGAGGAGUCCAUGCACAAAUGGAACAGGGGUCGUACCUUGGCCCCCGGCCCCCAGGCCUUACAUGGGUCUGUUCGCAUUGGGCAGGAGUUUCCCUCUCCUAGGGACACUUCUGAGACCCAGGAGGAGGAGGAGAAGGUGGAGGAGGAAGAGGAGGAGAUACUGGACUUCUCCAGGGGCCAGGAUCUGGAGCACAUCACACAGGAGUGGCAGGAUGGUUGCGUGUACCAGGGGACGGUGGGACUUGACAUGAAGCUGGGCUACGGGCAUUUCUCCUGGCCUACAGGCGAGAUCUACCAUGGGCAGUUCUACCAUGACCACCGCCAUGGUGUGGGCACCUACACGUGGCCUGAUGGCUCCAGUUUCACGGGCACAUUUUACCUCAGCUCUCGAGAAGGCUAUGGCACCAUGGACCUGAAGCUGAGCCUCUUCCAGGGGCUGUACAAGGCAGACCGGCGGUUUGGGCCUGGCAUUGAGACGUACCCUGAUGGCAGCCAGGAUGUGGGCCUGUGGUUCCAGGAACACCUUGUCCAGCUGUGCACACAGGCCCCUGGUGGUUUCUCUAUUCAGGACCACCAGGAGUACUCCAGCUUCCUCAGCUGUGCCCCUCCCAGAGGCAGUAUCUCUGAGGAGCAGGGGCCAGAGCAGGCAGCAAGCUCGCAGGACGAGGACCCCUUCUCCUAUGCCUACAAACAGCUGCUGAUGGAUGAUAGCGUGAUCCUGCCCCCUGACAUGGGCACCUACUCCACUGAUAGCUGCCACCUGCCCCUGCCCUACUCGCUGCGCCAGGCCCUGGAUGCUUGCAUGGGCCUGGGCAAGCCUGACCAGUCCAUGUCCCCAUCUGCCGAGAACAGCAAACCAUGGCCCAUCAAGAAUGAAACACCGCUGCUGGUCCGCAUGCAGAAGCACGCAUACAAGUUCAGGAACAAGCCAGCUCACAGCCGAUGGAGGAUGGAUGCCAUUCUGGUAGGGGACCGCAGUGGCUUUGGGCAGGCAGGGCCCAAGGAGCAGUUGUCCAUGGAACUGAUCCUGAAGGCCAAAGAGGGUGACUACGCAUGGAUGUGCCAAGUCCUGAGGGACAAAAGUGUCAGCCCUGAUGUGGCUGACUCCCGAGGCUACACCGCACUUGCUUCAGCUGCUGUGAACAGCCACAUGGACAUCGUCAAGCUUCUCCUGGACUUUGGCGCUGACGUCAACAAGCUCUCAGAUGAGGGCUUGACACCACUGGCCAUGUGUGCCCUGCUCUACUACCCAGCCUGGGCCUUCAAGCACAAUGUGGCUGAGCGUACCUUGGCCCUGGCCAGCCCCGUGCACGUGAGUGCCAUGGUGAGGAGGGCUAAUGGGGGGUGGGGAAUGCCCUUUAUACUUGUCCCAUCACACCCUGUACCUGGUCCUUCUGGGGCUUCCUUUGGAGAGCACAUGUCCAGGUGUGGUCCCUUGUGGGACAAGGCUUGGGGACCUGGAACCCCAGUAACAGGUUUGUUACUGUCUGGGGUGCAGAGUGGCCGGGUCUCGCUCUCUAUGAAGGACGCUCCGAAGCUGUCCGUUACGUCCGUGCCUGACUCCACCCUCCCCAUCCUGGACAUGGUGCUCGGUCCCAGCUCCAGAGAGGAAUCAGAGGGCAGCCAGGAGGCCCACCUGGUGCCACCCACCAGGCCAACCGAGGGCUCCAUCGAAGGGAUGGCCUCCACCACGGAGCUGACGUGGGAGUCCAGUGAGCUGUGGAGCAGUGCCCAGGGCUGGAACUCCUCAUUUGGGGGCAGCCUCAGUGAUCUGGAGCGCGAGCAGGAUGCCAGAUCAGGACAUCUGGAUCAGGCUAGUAGCUUCAGCCUCUUUGAGUCCAACCUGUGUGUGCGGAACCUGUCGCUGGAGCUGUCUCGAGGCCUCCUGGAGAGGGGCGCACAGGCCUUCUGCGGCCUGCAGCAUCUGCCUGGGCACCAGGCUGGUCGCACCCAAGGUGGUGCCCUGUGGAGGAUGGCGAUGUCCAUGGUGGAGCAGAGGAGCAGGUGGCUGACCAUCUGCCUGCUGCUGCGCCGAGGAGCCGACCCCAACCUGAGCUGUGUGCCCAUGCCAGUGCUCUUCCUGGCUGUGAAGGCUGGAGACGUGGACGGUGUGCGGAUGCUGCUGGAGAAUGGGGCACGCACUGACAUCCAGUUCCCCCCUGAGCACAGGUCCCUGACGCCCCUGCACAUCGCGGUCGCCCUGCCUGGGGAAGAGGGCAUCAAAAUCACUGAGCUGCUGCUUGACGCCAUCACUAAUGUGGAUGCGCGAGCCAACGACAUGCAUGAGACCUGUAAACCACGCAAGCUGGACCUCAUGAUGUCCACCAUGAAGCUCAAUGGAGAGCUGGGUCCACCCAGCAACUACUAUAAAGUCCCAGCCUCAGGAGCAGACAGCCAGGGGGGAAGGACACCUCUGCAUGUGGCCUGUGAGCGUGAAGAUGACCAGAAGCAUGUUCAGGACGUGGUCCGGCUUCUCCUUUCCCACAAGGCAAAUCCCAACAUGCUGUGGAGUGGGCACUCACCACUCUCCCUGGCCAUUGUCAGUGGGAAUGACCUGAUUGUGAAGGAGCUGCUGAUCCAUGGGGCUGACCCCAACUUGCUGCUGACCAGAGGCCUGGGCAGUGCCCUCUGUGUGGUCUGUGACAUCAGCUAUGAGAGCUACAGGAACCUGGAGGGAAAGCUAGCCCUGGUUGACCGACUCAUCAGUUAUGGGGCUGACAUCCUGAACCCCAUUACGCUUGUGCAGGGGGACAAGAUGGCUGUGGGCACAGCUGUGGACUAUGGACACUUCCGGUUCUUCCAGGACCGCAGGAUAGCCCACAGCGCCUUCCACACGCUCAUGCCCCACGAGCGGGACACGCUGGUGGCCCGGAAGAGGCUGCUGGACUACAUGGGCUUCCUGCUGCGCAGCGCCGUGCUGGCCAAGGAGGGCCAGUGGGACCCCCAAGAGCUGUACCUGAGCAAGAGGGGGGCCCAAGUCACAGUGGCCCUGGACAUAGACCCGCUUUCCAUUCUGUGGGGCUCACAGGAACUUGAGUGUCUGGCCCUGAGCUCAGCCGGGGGCUCCCCUUGCAGCAUUCCCUUCUUCAAGUUCUGCUACCAGUGCGGUCGCUCGGUGGGGGUGCGGCUGGUGCCCUGCGUGCGCUGCUAUGGGGUCCUGACCUGCAGCAAGUUCUGCAAAGGCCGCUUUUGGGUGGAUGUCCACAAGAAAGAGUGCAGUGAGCUGCAGGCACUUGGUGAGUCUGGGGCGUUUGGCUUGGCUCACUGUGGCCCGAGUCCUCCUGUGGCCACCCUGACCCUAUUCCAGCUCCUUGCUCAGGGAAUCAGAGGCUGGAGGAGAGUGACUUCAGGGAGGACCGAGAUUUCCACACAUAGCUGUACCCCAGCUAGCUCAGUGCCCCGUGGGCUCCGAAUGAAUACAUCCACCCCUUGA